AAAACAUUAUCAGGUCAUCUGCAGAAACAUAUGCUGAUUCACACUGGAGUCAAACCUUAUCAGUGUGUAGAAUGUGGGAAAGGGUUCACACAGUCAGGUAGCCUGCAGAAACACAUGAUGAUUCAUAGUGGAAUCAAGGCUCAUCAGUGCAUCGUGUGUGAGAAAACAUUUACAUUAUCAUUUCAUCUGCAGAAACAUAUGCUGAUUCACACUGGAAUCAAACCUUAUCAGUGUGUAGAAUGUGGGAAAGGGUUCACACAGUCAGGCAGCCUGCAGAAACACAUGAACGUACACAGUAGAAGCAACCCUUAUCAAUGUGUUGAAUGUGGUAAAAGGUUUAGAGGUUCAGGACAUCUGCAGGCACACAUGAGGAUUCACAGUGGAAUUAAGCCUUAUCCGUGCAUUGUGUGUGAGAAAACAUUUACACAAUCGGGUCAGCUGCAGUCACACAUGAGGAUUCACACUGGAAUCAAACCUUAUCAGUGUGUUGAAUGUGGGAAGGAAUUUACACGAUCAAAUUACCUGCAGAUACACUUGAGGAUUCACAGUGGAGUCAAGCCUAAUCAGUGUAAUAUAUGUGAGAAAACAUUGACACGAUUAAGUACUCUGAAGAAUCACAUCAGGAUUCACACUGGAAUCAAACCUUAUCAGUGUGUUGAAUGUGGAAAAGAAUUUACAGUAUCAAGUAACAUGAAGAAACACAUGAGGAUUCACAGUGGAGUCAGACCUUAUCAGUGUAAUAUAUGUCAGAAAACAUUUACAGUAUCAGGUACUCUGAAGAAUCACAUGGCGAUUCACACUGGAAUGAGACCUCAUCAGUGUGUUGAAUGCGGGAAAGCAUUUGCACAAUCAGGUAACCUGAAGACACACAUGAUGAUUCACAGUGGAAUCAAGCCUUAUCAGUGUGUUGUGUGUGAUAAGUGGUUCACACACUCAAGUAGCCUGCAGAAACACAUGACCAUUCACAGUGCUAGCAAGCCGUAUCAGUGUGAUGUGUGUGGUAAAGCGUUUACAUACUCAAAUAGCCUGAAGCGACACCUGACCAUUCAUAGUGGAAGCAAGCCUUAGCAGUGUGUUCGAUGUGGGAAAAUAUUUUGACACUCAGGUACUCUGCAUACACAAGUGAUGAUUCACAAUGGAAUGAAACCUUUACGAGUGCAUUGUUUGUGAGAAAGGAUUGACACACUCAGGUAAUCUGCAGAAACACAAGGAUUCGCCGUGGAAUCCAACUUAUCAGUGUGUUCAAUGAAGCGAGGGAUGUAACAUCACACGUUUCAUAGUUCUGGAAUAAAGGUUUACAAAGUUCA